CUCCUGCGGCACAGGUUAAGAGCGAGCGUGUGGGAGAGAGAGCACUGAGAGGCAUGCUACGGAACGGUGCGAGAUAGACGUGCUGCGGAGGAAGGGAGAGAAAGAGAAAAAGAAUUCAUCAAAGCAGAGUGAAGUGGAGCGUUAAGGGAGUCAGAGUGGAAAGAGAGUCAGAGUGGAAGCAAGUUGGAAGGAGAGGUGUACCGAAGCUGGGACCGGACUCUGAACCCCUGACUCAGCUUGGGACAUUUUACUGGGACCAAACCUGUUCCCCGACCCCCCCUCAAAGUUUGUAAUCCAAAGAGGUUCAUGGAUCCGUCAGUGCCGGCAGAGGUGGGGGGACAAGCGAAGGAGAGGAAGAAGAUCCACUUUUCGGUGCCGGCCACACCGACACCCCCGUUGGACCCAAGGCAGGUGGAGAUGAUUCGACGCCGACGGCCCACCCCCGCCACCCUCUUCAGAGUGACAGAACAGCCGUCCCCAGACGAUGAGCUCACCACACACCAGUGGGUUGUGGGAGAGAACGGCGUACUGAAGCCGAAGAGAGUCGUCCCCGGGGUUUACCAGCCCCCUUCACUCAAAGCUGUGCAGAGGAUGGCUCAAGCUCACAUGCAGAACCUGGGCAUCUGCCCACCCUUGGAGGAUCCCUCUGAGGGGGACGAGAGCGAGGAUCGCCUUUGGCUGGGGGAGGAGGGAGAUGAGAGGCAGGAGGUGCUGGUCCAGGUGCCCGAACGCCAGGCAGAGACAGGCUCCUCAGACAGCCAAUCGGAAUGGCAGCUGAGGCCAGGGAUCGCUGCAGAGCUGGGCGACGGCACCAAGCGGGGAGACGAUGGAGCGGAAGAUGAGGAUGAGGAGGGGGACGGGGAGCAGGAAGAAGACAGAAGAGGAAGGGGGACUGAUUGAGAGGGGAGGGUGGAUU